AUGUCCAUAAUCCAACAAGUGACGUCCGCGUCCCUCUCAGACAACUGGCGCACCAUUAACAUCGACGCCCUCGACCCCGAAUCAUCCUCCAACUUCGAUACUUCGACUCUUCACCCGGCAUUUGCGCCAGUCUCCGAGAAUGAGGUUCGGGGCAUUGGACAGCAGGUUAGGCAGUUGCUGAGGGGAGGUGAUCCGGAGGGAGCGCUGAGAGGUGCGUUGGAGAGUGCGCCGUAUGGAGGGGAUGCUAUGGUUAAGGACAUUCAUCUUCAGACCGUCACAGAGGUACUACAGAGCAUUAAGGCGAGCGAGAUGACACCCAUGCUACAACGGAUUUUCGGAAGUGAAGGCGGUGGUGAGGCUUUGGACGUUCUGAUGAAGUAUCUCUACAAAGGCAUGGCAGCAUCCAGCACCCCAACCAGCAAGACACCCACCCGCGGCUCAACUCUCACACCACAGAGCACAGGUGCCGGUUUCUCGCAGAUGGGAGGACGACCUGGCGCACAAAGUGAGAGCAGUGGAUCAGCUAUGAGUGUGCUGCUUUCAUGGCAUGAGAAAGUUGUUGAUGUUGCGGGCUUGGGAUGUGUAGGAAGAUGCAUGACGGAUUGGAGAAAGGUGUAG